CCCGCCCCGCGCGGCUCUCGCCUCUAAAGUGGCCGGCGCGCGCCUCCCGCCGCCGCACUUUCACUCUCCACCGCCGCGUCCCCUGCGCCCCUGGCCUCGGUGCAGCCCCAACGCCCGCCCGUGCCAUGGAUGCCAAGGUCGUCGCCGUGCUGGCCCUCGUGCUGGCUGCGCUCUGUCUCAGCGACGGAAAACCUGUCAGCUUGAGCUACAGAUGUCCCUGCCGAUUCUUCGAGAGCCACGUGGCCAGAGCCAAUGUCAGACAUCUCAAAAUCCUCAGCACUCCCAACUGCGCCCUCCAGAUUGUGGCAAAGCUGAAGAGCAACAACAGACAAGUGUGCAUCGAUCCCAAACUGAAGUGGAUUCAGGAAUACCUGGAUAAAGCUUUAAACAAGAGGUUCAAGAUGUGAGAGGCGCAGGUUGGGUCAGACGCCUGAGGAACCCUUACAGUAGGAGCUCUGGUCUGAAAACAGUGUUAGGAAAGGCCUUGGGGGGCUCCCCCACAUCCAGUCAGGCCCCCCACACAUGUCCAAGGACUUUGGUUUGCACGUUUUGCCUUCUUAUCACCAUUUAAUUUUGUAGCAAGAUAUAUGGUGUUUAUUUUUCAUUUAGUUUGAUUAUCCAAUGUCACUGGUGACAGAUAGGAACUUAGUUAUUUUACUUGCUUUAUUAUAAUAUCUUUCCCGUGGAAUCCCUGAUCUCCUCCAGCUUCCUGAGUUUUAUAUCUCUGAGCUGCUCAGGCUGGGACCUCAGACUGAGGGAACCUGGCCCACAUUACCUGGGAUGGAGAAUUAUCAGGAAGUGUCAGAACCCGUCAGCCUGGGCAAACCCUGGGGAUGGCUGCUCUGUGGAACAAGGGGUGAGAGAGGCGAUGAUCUAGAAGGCCAUGAAGGGUCCGCACCCUCCCUCCAAGUAAAAACAGCGAGAUCUGUCCCUUAGGUGAGCACCUUAGAGCUUUCCUGAGCUAGGACCAGCAAAAGCAUGAGGCCAGACUAGAGUGCCAUAGAGACACAGCCCUCAUCCCAGCUCUUCUUCACAUCCCAUCACGUUCUCACAUCAUUCUCUCUUGUCAUCCAUCAUCAUGUGUCUCCACGACUGUCUCCAUGACCCUGGAUCAGGACUCUCUCAAGACCAAAGCUUUAACUUAACCUGGCACCAAGAAGCACAUCAAAGUGUGUCAUGUUACAGAGUUUUGAAAACACUGUGUGUCUGUGUCUUGUUUGGAAUAUUGUAUGUUGUCCAUCCUGUGUUUUCAUUCGCAGCCACUUUCCCUAAAGCAUGCACUGUGAGUUCCUUGUAUGUAAAGGCUGAGAGUGAGGAAAGACCUCUCAGGCUUUUUACCAUGUAUCUUAUUAAGGCUGUGAGUCAAGCCUUAGUUUGCCUCCUGAUUACAGAGCCAUUAUGGAUCAAUGAAGCCCAAGGGAAUUCAGUUGGAGCAAUAUUCACCUCUAAGGUCACCAAAAUUUCUGUAGUCAAUAUUUUAGAUCCAUAGAUUUAUCUUCACUGUGUCAACCCCAGCAUCAUUUUAGAAAUAGCAUGAAAAUAAAAUUGUCAACUUUAAUUUAGUUUUGCAAGCCCUAUCCAUGAAAUAAUCAAUCCUGGAUAGUUAAUUCUUGGGAUAUUUAAUUGAGAUGUUUCUUCCAAAUUAAAAUCUGAAACUUCAUCUGUUUUUUUCAUUUGAUAAUCUGUUAUCUGCAAUUGUGCCUUGAAUGUUUUUCUGUUGCCUUUCUGUUCUUGUGCUUCCAGAACAUUCUUAUUAAAAAAAAAAGAGAGAGAGAGUAGGUUAAAAACCCUGGCCUUUACAAACAAGAACAGUUUGUAAAGUUACUUAAGUUGUUUAAAAUGUUCAGUUUUUUUUUUAAGAUGAGCCCUUAAGAUUUUAACUUUUGGUUUUCAGUUGGACUCUAUCGUUUUCUUCUUUUGAUUCAAGAUACCAGGCAAAAUAAUUUAAAUUAAAAUGGAAUAAAGAGCAAACAGGGAAGCAUCAAUUCACCAGACAUUGUCACAUGUGAGAAAAAUAUAGUAAAAUAAUAUUACUUAAAGGGUUUUGUUUCUUCAGAUUUAAUAAUCUUGUAGAAUUACAGAACCUAGUUUAGGCUUUUCAAUAAGCAUUCCUUUAGAUUUAAUCUUCAUGGUAGGAACCAAAUAAAGGCAAAUUUAUCAGAAGAAACAUUUCAACAUUCCAAAACCAGCUGUUUUAUAUUGAUAAAAAUAGAGCCUGGAGGUACCUUUAUUGAUUAUGAGGGAUACAGAUCUGGUUUCAAAUUUCUGUGUUGAAAUCAUCCAGUCAUUCUAAUAUUCUAAAUUACACAUGGGAUAUUAAAUAUUUAGUGUUAUCUUCCCAUUAAUCCAAAGUACAUAAAAAUCUCAUGGAAAAUUUGAAAAUAUUUUCUGUUCAAAUCCAUGAACUAGCGCCAUCAGAUCUUUUACUCUAGGAAAAUAAGCAUGUCUCUAAAUCUUGAUUACAUCUAAGUAAAAAAAUCAUUCUUAUUUUUUUCUCUAUAGGGUACCAGAGACUUUAGGGAAAAUUAUUUGUGUAACAAUUCCUCUUCUGGCAAAUUGCUCCUUAGGAUCAACUACCCAGCUCAGGCAAAUAUGCAUUCAAAUAGGCCAUUUGCAAAGGAAAAGGUUGCCCAUCCCCCACUCUGCUUUCAAAUUACAGAUCAAGUGCCUGGGUUGAUUAGGGGUCACCCCACUGUUCUCCCAUUCUGCUGACAUUCCCUUGGGCUUCCUGUAACCAGAACCUCCAGAAAGAACCUGCAGAAUCUCCUUUGCUGCCAGCCUUUGCAUUUGGACCCUGUCUGUGGAGGGGGCUACCUGGUCUCUCAGGCAUGCUGUGUGUUGGAAUCUGAAUCUGUGCCUUGUGUUGUUUGCACUGUUCUUUGUCUUGUGCCUGCCAGGUACUGAGACCCCAGCGAGGAGGCACAGCAGAGGCCCUCUUCUCCUUUCCUCUAGAAGAGGUUUUACAUGGAGCUGAAGGCCUGUAAUAGCAAAAGGUUCCAACCUUAUGUAAAGUUCAGUUUCUAAGCCUUUCAUUGGAUCCGACUUUUUUCUUCCGUGGUGCCAUUUUCUGACCACUGGUGUUUUCAACACAGUUCCUCCUGGGAGCGCAUCAUCUUUUCCAGGUGCGGUAACCCUUAUGCAGCCGAAUGAGAGAUGUGGGGUCUAUUCUUUCUACCCACCCACUUGGAGGGAUUCCUAUUUUGGGAAAUUGCUCCCCGGAAACCUCCAGAUUGCCUGCCCAUGCAGACCCCUGGCAUUGCCUUAUCAAAACGAAAAGAAAACAAAACAGAGGAAAUUUGCUAUUCUGCAGCCUCGCUGGAUGCUCAGUCUCUAGCAGUGAUGGGUUCAGUGUUAAAUGUGAUUAAUACUGUAUUUUGUAUUGUUUAAAUUGCAUCUCCCAGAUAAUGUGAAAAUGGUCCAGGAGAAGGCAGCUUCCUGUAUGCAGUGUGCUUUUAAAAAAAUAAAAAAAAUAAAAAAUAACAAUUCCUUUUAAGAAACUAUUUCUACUUUGAAGUCAUACCAAUGAAAGAUGUAUAUGCACUUAUAAUUUUCCUAAUAAAGACAUGUAUU